CUUCGCGGCGGUAAGUUAAAGUGCGCGGCUCGCAUCGUUAACCACGCCGUAACAUGCUUUGGCGUGAAAUGAUGCGGUUUUUACACAAAAGGGACGAUCGCUUAUAGUUGGAUGGGCGAGACGGCAAGCGCUGUUGCUAGCUGAUGCAGUCAGGCGACUUAGCCCAGUGCCUGGUUUUUACGGAAGGUUAGCGUUUAGCUUUAUGAUGCGUUCGCAUGGAGUCCGGUGUUACGAGAAUUUUCUGACGCCGCUUGGCGCUAGGCGAGGUUAGGUUAGACUAACUCUACCCCCCUAACCGUUACCCCCUUGACGCCAAGGGUAGUCGCAUUCUUCGGGGGGGGGGUCGGACAAUUCUACGGCAGACGGCAAACCAGAAGUCAUUGUGGAUGAAAGCAAGACGGUCAGUUAAAAGGGGGGAUGGACUUUACUGAGUGCUACAGCGACACCGUGUCCAUUGUUGCUGCAGCUGCUCGUUCGGGAUGCAGAGCUCAAGUGCAGAAGCUGAUCCGCAGAGGCUUCAGUGUGAAGAGCAGAGAUAACCGUGGGUGGAAUGCUCUCCACGAGGCGGCAGCCGCUGGCAGCAAGGACUGUGUGCGAGAAAUUUUGUCUGCUGCCGCAGCAGGCUGCUCCCGCAGCAGUCGUGCUUAUGUGAACUCUUUGACACAUGAGGGCGAGUCUGCAUUUUACCUGGCUGCACAGCGUGGACACCUAUCUGUGGUUAAGCUUCUGCUGAAAGCACACGCCAAUGUUGACCAGCCAACCAAUGACCUGUCCUGUCCUCUGUAUGCAGCUGUGGAUGGUGGACACAAAGAGAUUGUGGAAUACCUGGUCAGUAAAGGCGCGGAGGUUAAUGGAACGCACACUGCUUCAUGUUGGACCUGCCUUCAUCAAGCUGUUUACAAGGGUUACAUUGAAAUUGUGCACAUACUUGUUAGUGUAUGUCACCUUGAGGCCCUUGAUGACCACAAAAUCACCCCGCUUUUUGUGGCUGCACAGUAUGGACAGCAAAAAUGCCUGGAAAUUCUCAUUGAUGCAGGUGCUAAUGUGAAUGCACAGGCAGCUGAUCUGGCCACACCACUCAUGAUUGCAUCCCAGGAGGGUCAUGUUGGUUGUGUGGCGCUUCUGUUGGACCACGGCGCAGACCCAAACCUAACUUGUAGUUGUGACUGGCCGCAGUUGCCCAUUCAUGCCGCGGCCGAGUUUGGCCAUAUCGGUAUCCUUAAUAGGCUGAUAGCUGUUACGGACCGUGUCUGCGACCGCGGCUUAGGCAUGGUGAGUCCACUGUAUUUGGCUGUGAGGAAGCAAAGCAAGAGUGUCGAGCUACUUUUGAGAGAGGGUUACAGCUCAGAUGCCCAGGACUGCACACACAUCCUGGGCCUCCGUUCACCACUUUCAUUUGCCUUGUUUCUUACAUCUGAUGAGCCAUACAGUGAAUCAGUGAGGUUGCUGAUAGCUGCAGGAGCAACUCUGAGCGAAGAUGAUUUGAUGUAUGCCUUGUCCACGGAGAAAACUGACCUACUGCAACUGAUACUGCAGCACAGGUGGAUCCCUCGACCAGAUUGGAAGAGGGGUACCAUUUCUUCACCAGAGCAUGCAAAAAGGACUGUGUUAAAGCUGCAGGAACUGAGGGAGCUGAUGUGUGUGGCGCUCAGUGAGGUGCAUUUUGCCGCCUGCUGGCUGCCCCUGCUUCUACAGGCAGGACUUGAGCCUUCUUUACUACUUCAGCCCAACAUGCUGGAGGAGGCAGACGGUGGGGUGCUGAAUUACCUACUGGAGUUUGUGAACUGGUCAACUCUUUCUCCUUCUCUGAAACUUAUUCUGCACCAGAGAAAGGAGGAGAAGACAUGGACACCGCAUGCACAUUUUGAGUGUGUCCCCUGCCUAUCUCACCUCUGCAGACUAAAGGUCAGAGAGAUUUUGGGGUCGGACGUACUGAUGAGGACCGAUGUUGUCCAGCAGCUCCCUGUACCUGUCAAUCUAUACAGCUACAUCCAGUUCACAGAUAUCCAACAAACGUCCUACACACACUCACCGCAUCCACCCGUGUCACAACGAAUACAAGGAUACCGCAGCACACAUAAACACAGACAUGUUCUAUAAAAUGGAUCACUGAUAUAGACUACUGUUAUCUCACAUUGUCUGUCUAUUACCCUGAUAUAUGACUCAGAAUGAUACACAUUUGCAUUUUGCACUUAUGUAUUAUAUAAAUGCAAUUACGAGCGAAAUAAACACCAGAGAUGCUUUGCUACAAGCAGAAACUGCGGGCGCUACUCAAGAUGUUGCAAGUUACUCCUCUUGAUGGCAUUCCUUGGUGGAAGGGCGGUCGGAGUAUUCGCAUUGCGGUGAACCCUUCUGCAUCUUCAGCAGGUAUCUCAGGGUCACAAGCGGUUCGCCCCUUAGCCUGUACGCCUUGCCUGAGUCGGGCAGCAAAGACCAAAUUAGCCUUCACCUGCAGGAGUGUUCCAACUGUGGGCUCUCAUCAACCGCAACCAUCUUGAGCUGGUCUCAGCUGCCAUGGCUGUCUCACCAGUAAAUAUGCUUGUGCUAUUUUUAUGUGUUUUUUGUCGGAUUGUUGUGUCUUUAUCACGUUUAUCUUAUUGUGUUUCUUAUUAUAUACGUUUAUCGAUUUGAUUCCACAUUUCGCUCCCUGGGGUGUUAUUAUUUAUUUUUCGUGCUAUUUGUUUGCAUGUUACUGUGUUUUAUGAUCACAAGCUUCUCCAAACAAAUUGUCCGUAGUGGGAUUAAUAAAGUUGUUUGUACUG